AGGUUCAAUAUGUAGUGCUUCAGAACGUGGCCACCAUGUCCAUCAAGCGUAGGGGAAUGUUUGAGCCCUACCUCAAAAGCUUCUACAUCCGAUCAACUGAUCCCACCCAGAUUAAGAUCCUCAAGCUGGAAGUUUUGACCAACCUGGCUAACGAAACCAACAUUUCUACCAUUUUGCGGGAAUUUCAGACUUACAUCCGGAGCAUGGAUAAAGACUUUGUGGCAGCCACAAUCCAGGCCAUUGGCCGUUGCGCCACUAACAUUGGCCGAGUGAGAGACACGUGUCUCAACGGACUCGUUCAGCUGCUCUCCAACCGAGAUGAACUGGUCGUGGCCGAGUCGGUGGUGGUCAUUAAGAAGCUUCUACAGAUGCAGCCAUCCCAACACAGUGAGAUCAUCAAGCACAUGGCCAAGCUGACAGAUAACAUCCAGGUUCCCAUGGCCCGGGCCAGCAUCUUAUGGCUGAUUGGUGAAUACUGUGAACAUGUGCCCAAGAUUGCCCCAGAUGUUCUGCGCAAGAUGGCCAAGUCCUUCACCAGUGAAGAAGACAUUGUGAAGCUACAGGUUAUCAACCUAGCAGCCAAACUUUAUCUGACCAACUCUAAGCAGAGCAAGCUGCUGACCCAGUACGUGCUGAAUUUGGCCAAGUAUGACCAGAACUAUGACAUUCGGGAUCGUGCCCGUUUCAUACGCCAGCUCAUCGUACCCACGGAGAAGAGCGGUGCCCUCAGCAAGUACGCCAAGAAGCUUUUCCUGGCACAAAAGCCCGCUCCCAUUUUGGAAUCGUCUUUCAAAGAUCGUGACCACUUCCAGCUGGGCUCCCUUUCACACCUCCUCAAUGCCAAAGCGGUGGGCUACCAGGAGCUUCCCGAUUGGCCGAGCGAAGCCCCAGAUCCAUCUGUGCGCAACGUGGAGGUCCCGGAAUGGACCAAAUGCACCAGCCGCGAGAAGAGGAAGGAGAAGGUGGAGAAACCCUUCUAUUCGGAUUCAGAGGGAGAAUCGGGAGCGACGGAAUCGGCGGACAGUGACCCUGAGACCAUGAGUGGAUCCGAAAGCGGAAGUGAGAGUGGAUCGGGAUCCGGCAGUGAAGAAGAGGAUGAGGAAGAGAGUGAAGACCAAUCAGAAGAGGAGGAGGAGGAGGAAGAGGAAGAGAAGAAGAAAAAGAAGAAGGGGGAAACUCCCCGGAAAGGUCUGCUGGAGUGCGCUGGCAGUGAGGAGGAAGAGGAAGGAGGAGGAAGAGGAGGAAAGGAAAGGAGCAAGAAAAAACUAUCUCCCCAGGGAGUAAAGGAAGACUCGACCUCCUCCUCAUCCGAAGAGGACAGCUUGUCUGAAAGUAGCUCAACCGAAUCGGAGUCUGAGUCCGAACCAGAGGAGUCCAAGAAGAAAAAGCUGCUUUCCAGCAGGAAACCACCUCCUAAAGCAGCCAAGAAAGGAUCAAAGGAGAUCUCGCUGCUUGAUCUGGAUGACUUCACACCCCCAUCUUUGCAGCCGGUUACCAGCAGCCCAGUUCUCUCCACUAGCCUCGUGACCGAUCUGGAAGGACUCACCUUGACGGACACUUCUUUAACUACAGCUAUGAUCAGUCCAGUCUUUGGGGCAGUGAAGAAAUACAAGCUGCUGCAUCGCAUGACUGGGGAAGGACUCUCGGUGGAAUACUAUUUCAACCGGCAACCUUUCGCUCCCGACCCCCGCAUGGUAGCUGUGCAGAUCCAGAUCUGCAACAACAUGGCAACUGAAGUGAAAAACAUCCGUGUGACUGAGCCCAAGCUUCUCUCAGGCAUGCGUCUCCAGGAGUUCAAGGAGAUUGAGUCUUUGGCCCCUGGGGAAACGGUCAGCGUGGUGAUGGGCAUAGACUUCUGUGACUCUACCCAGGUGGCCAGUUUCCAAUUGUGCACACACACCCGCCAGUUUUACCUGUCCAUCCAAUCACCCGUUGGGGAGCUUAUGGCUCCAGUGUUCAUGAGCGAAAACGAAUUCAAGAAGGAACAAGGGAAGCUAACAGGGAUGAGUGAAAUCACAGAGAAGCUGAGUCUUCCGGACACCUACCAGAGUGACCACGUGAUUGUGCAAAAGGUGACAGCGGCUGCCAACGUCAGCCGGGUGCCCUGCGGUUCGGACAAAGAAUACAGGUUUGCUGCUAAAACAGUGAGCGGCGAGUGUCUCAUCUUGAUCACCCUGGAGAAGAAGUCGGACAACUCGGCCCAGCUGACCAUCAACAGUGAAAAGAUGUUGAUUGGUACCAUGCUGGUGAAAGACAUCAUCCACUCCUUGACCCAGGAGUGA